GUGAGCGAGUUGGAACAAGCAGCAGACAAAAACAAAAAUUCACGCACAUGGUAGGGUCGAGAAGUUUUGCUUCUGUAGCUGAGGCCGAGGAAGUCAAAUCCGGACAAAAAGUUGGAUGCCUUCAGCUUUUUGAGAUUACGCAUAGGAAGAAAGAUGGAUCUCCUAUGGCAUCCGAAGCUGGAGAAAUUAUGGAGAAACUAAAAGAGAAGAAGGCAGAAUAUGAAGCGAUUGCUUCGAGUGAUAGUUCUGUUAAUCUUGAGAACAUUGAUAACAGAAUUAUCACUAAAGUUUUGGGUCCUGAAAGGUACGGUCGGGUUCGGUUUCAAGGAUCUGGUGUUACCCCGACCCAAUAUUUUGGAUCCGGCUCCCAGCAAUACAUGCCUUCUGGAAGUCAAGCUCAAGCUGAAGUUCAGAGGUUAAGAGACCAGAUAGCUCAGAUGCAAGCGAACAUGGUUGAGCAAAUUGCCGAGGUUCAACGAAAAUAUGAAGAACUCCAGCAACAACUUAGAGCGGAGGCAGUAGAGAGGGAGGCAGUGGCUGCAGCGAGAGAGGCAGAGGCACGAGCGAUGGUAGCAGAGCAGAGCAAAAAGUACGAUGACCUCCAGCUACAGCUUCAGCAGAUGAUGCAUAUGUUUCAGCAAUCGCAAAAGCCGCCAUCUUAGACAUUAGUUUUCUUAUUGUAAGAAUGUUUUUAAGUUUUGUCACGUUUAACAUUAUUGUAAGAAUAUUUUAAAUUAUACUUUAUUUAUUAAUUAUAUCAUAUAUCUUUAGUUAAAUUUGAA